AUGCUUGGAACAGAAGCUGCAACUGAUCUCACAGUUUUUGCAUCAACCAGCACUGGAGCAACAAAUGACUCCAAUCACCCUCUUCAUUUGCAUUCCUCCGACACUCCAGGAAUGCCAUUGGUUAGCUCACCAUUUGAUGGUAGAGGAUUUCCUGGAUGGAAAAGGUCUGUACUCAUUGCAAUCUCUGCAAAAAAUAAGCUUGAAUUUAUCAAUGGAUCUUGUGUUGAACCAAAAUUGGAUGACAAGGAUUACCCGCUAUGGAGUAGAUGUAAUGACAUGGUUACCUCUUGGUUGCUUAACUCCUUGACAAAAGAGAUAGGUGACAGUGUCAUUUACUCAAGAACAGCUAAGGACCUCUGGAGCAGUCUGGAGCACAGAUUUGGUCAGUCUAGUGGAGCCAAGUUGUACCAUCUGCAAAAGGAAAUUUCAAAGAUAAUCCAAGGAAACAGCAGUAUAUCAGCUUAUUUCACCACACUUAAGAGACUUUGGGAUGAUUUGGACUCUCUUAACUCAUAUUUAGGAUGUACUUGUGCAUGUAUUGUGAGGGCAAAAGGAAAAUGGCUAAAUUCAUGGAAGAUCAGAGGGUGA